AGGGAAAAAUCUCACCAAAACGUACUUUUAGUAAAGCAGAAUUAUUGGUUGCUACGUGUUACCAUGGAUUCGGACUCGGAAUCAGAAUUGAUGGAGAACCCUCGAGACUUUGCGCAAGUCCUGCAGCAUCUUCUUAUGCAACAAAUUCAAGAGUACCAAGAAACGCAAGCUAGAAAACCAAAGGAACCUAGUCCAAUUGUAGAGGAAAAAAAAUCGGCUCUUCGUCCUUUGUCACCACGUGAAUGUCAUUCCCUCUGCACCAGCGUGCACCAGGCUCUGCCUCGCGAGAUUAGAGACAUGAUAUACGGAUACAUACACGCUCACGAAACCAUCUACGUUGGACCCGAGUACUUUGAAAAAACAACUGUGCCAUGCGAAUCAGACGCAAAAGCACAUUACUGGAGUGCCCAGUAUGUGGGAACCGAGAUGCAGAGAGAAAUGAUUGAAAGCUGGUACCGUACGACACUAUUCUAUUUCUACGACAAGGGAAACAACAGCAGAGUUAUUGAGAGGUUUCUUGUUACCGAUCGAUGGGGCCACGACAUCAAACCGCAGGAUCUCAUCUGCCGUGCUCGUGUCGAACUGAGCGUGGAGGAACGCUUGCAUACCAAGUACAAGGAAAGGCCCUGCUGCGUUGUCAAAGACGCAGGAGGGAAGCUCACGAGUGUGUUCAAACUUUUCCAUCAAUUGCCAAAUCAUGUCGAGUUUUUCAUGCGUGUCCAAACAUACGACGCGCCCCAUACUGGAUGCAUGAGUGCGUCGGAGUUGUGCGGCGCUAUUCAUGCUCUAGUCGAGGAACUGGUGACUUUGCAUUCUAUGGGACAUCGAGUUGUUGUUCAGUGGCCAGACUUGAACAAUGUUGAGCUUUCGUGGAAGAAUGGUGCAUUCAAGGCGAGUGAGUGGACGAAGCAGCUGGUGCAGGCGGCACCUAUGAAGCUAAAUUAUAAGUAUGCGAUGCCGGAAUCGAGUGCUGGAGAUGUGUCGCAGACUACUGAAUGAUUCGAAAGUCUUGAGACGGGGUCGGUUGGCAGGGCAACAGGCAGGCUUUUAGUGGAGUGAAAGCGAGAAUGAUCUAGAUGGGCGUAUUCCCCAUAUCCAGCAAGUGCUUAUUUCAUACUAGCGUCGAUUAGUAUAUCACAAGCAGUUAGGUG